ACAUUUAAAAAAAGUUAAAAUUUUCAAGCCAUUUUUAUCUUAAUAAAACCCUAAACAAAUCAAAUCCCCCCCUGCGACGUCCUCUGUCCUAAAACCCUAACCCCCAAAGAAGCCUCCGCUACAAUGGCGACCAUGCUCAAACUUCCAGCCGCCAGUUGUGCGAUUCUUCCUCCUCAGCAGCUGAAGCGGGCGUUCUUGGCUGGAGCUGCAACCACCAGAUUGGAUGCGGCUACCGUCUUCACUGCUCGGAGGCAAACACUUUCAUUGUCGUCGUCGUCAGCUGCAGCAACUGCAAAGGUGAUGUCAGUUUCAGCCGUACCCGGCCAAAGCGUUGAGCUUGAGCAGUCUCCCUCCAAGAACAAGAUUGACAUUCCUAUCAUGGUAAAUGGAUGUAGUGGCAAAAUGGGGAAGGCCAUCAUCCAAGCAGCAAAUUCUGCAGGACUCACCGUGGUUCCAGUUUCUUUUGGCUCCGCUGAGGAAUCUGGCCAAACCGUCCAAGUCGGUGCAAACGAGAUUCUAGUGCAUGGUCCUCAUGAAAGAGAAAGCACCCUUGCAUCCCUUUUCCAGAAAUAUCCCAAUUUGAUUGUCAUCGACUUCACCGUCCCUUCUGCGGUCAACGAUAAUGCAGAGCUAUAUUGCAAAGUUGGAGUGCCCUUCGUGAUGGGAACAACAGGCGGGGACAGGGAUCAAUUAUAUAAGACUGUAGAAGACUCAAAAGUCUAUGCAGUGAUUUCUCCACAGAUGGGGAAACAGGUUGUGGCAUUUCUUGCAGCCAUGGAUAUCAUGGCUGAGCAAUUUCCUGGAGCCUUCUCUGGGUAUUCUCUACAGGUGAUGGAAUCCCAUCAAGCAACUAAAGUUGAUGCAUCUGGAACUGCCAAGGCUGUUAUUUCUUGCUUCCAGAAGUUGGGGGUGUCCUUUGAUAUGGAACAGAUCCAAUUGAUCCGGGAUCCCCAGCAACAACUGGAGCUGGUGGGAGUUCCAGAGGAGCAUUUGUGUGGUCACGCAUUUCAUAUGUAUCAUCUGACCUCACCUGAUAAAACAGUUUCUUUCGAGUUUCAGCAUAAUGUUUGUGGUAGAUCAAUAUAUGCAGAGGGUACAAUCGAUGCUGUUAUUUUCCUUGCCAAGAAGAUUCAUUCGAAGGCAGACAAGCGCAUCUACAAUAUGAUGGAUGUCCUGCGAGAGGGUAACAUGCGAUGAUAGUUGGCUUUGUACGAAGGGUGUAGUCUGUAGUAGUAAAUUAACUAGUUUAAAAUAAUUGGAUCUGUUUGAGGAAAAUAGGGACAUAAGUUUCGGAUUAGUAGUUUUGACCUUAUCUUUGUCAGUUAUUGUUUUCCUUCCUGCUAAUGUUUUGUAGUUUGGUUGAAGGAAAUAUGAAUAUAUAAGUUUACGUUUA